AGGUGCCCUCGAGCUCGCACUCGCAUCAGAUCCCUUCCAGGCCACCACGCCACACCACCAGAUCCCAUCGCCGCCGCCUCGCACUCGCAUCCCAUCGCCGCCGCCCGUGCAUUCUCGAUCGGAGAGGACGCUCCCUUCGCCGCCGCUGAGAUCCGAGAAGAGUCGCCCUUCGCCGUCGCCAAGAUCAUGUGCCUCUCUAAAGACCCCUCUCUCUCGCGACACCGCCUCCCUUACAAGGACGCCACGCCAUGGGUCUCCAUCGGUGCCACGACUGCCGCGGCCUCCCCACCUGCCGACGCUCUAGAUCCGACCGUAGUUGAUUCCCUGUACAUCAUCUCAAGGAGGAGGGGCGUGAGGCGGUUGCCGCCGCCGGUGGCUGCACUUGAAGGUCUCCGCCGCUUGCUCCAACCAGAUCCAGCCAGACCGUCCUGUGGUGGUCCACGUGCAUCUGGACGGACGCAACGGCUUUGCCUCCCCUGUCCCAUGUCUUCGUCCACCACACCAUCCCAUUGCGCGUCGGCGCUCACGGAGGAGAACCUGAUGUUCCUAGAGGCCUGGCGCGCGGUCGAUCACACUUACUACGACAAGUCCUCCAACGGGUGGAGCUGGUUCAGCUUUGGAUCAGGACUAACCUCUAGCCAGGAAAGAACCUGAAUCCCAAGGUGAGAGGCACCCGUCCGUUAAUAUGAGAGAUGUGAACAAGUACUUUUCUCUAUUCUUCCUACUAACAAGUAGUUUCAUUCAAUGUGCUUACAUGAGAUGUGAACCCACAAAUUCAGUGAGCUGGGAACUCAAAAUUCCAAUGAGGUGCGAGAUGCAGCAAAUUAUACUCAUCGUAUGCCUCGUUAUUAUUGUUGUUGUGUCGUUUUAUUCCCAGUCGACGGCCGCUGCGGUGCCCACGUCCGCGUCAUUAGUGCUGCUAAGGGGCACUUCACCCUAUUCGGCAUUAUCUUCUAUUCUUCCUACGGCUGCAAGAACCCUCACCUUGGCUAUGGCAGAUGCGACAGAUAAAGCAGGAGUCCAAUCAAGACAACUUGCAACUUUGGUGUUGUCACAUUGGAGUCCGUGCUGAGCAGCAAUGGGAGACUGUCGUUGAUGCCCGACCCAUGAUGCCGACGAAGGAAUGAGAGUCGAUGAGGAGUAGACGCCAUGGGUUUGUGAACUGGCCAAGCCACCAUUGUCCGUUUGGUAAUGUGACUUGCCCUGAUUUUGACGUCGUCUACCAACAUCCGACGAAGGGAACCCGUCCAGGUUUCCAUCUUGAUGGUAAGUUCUCUAAUCUUCUAUCUUAUGGGAUGUGAUGUGGUUGCCUUCAUUUUGGCUUUUGACAAAGGGUUGAAAUUAGCUUAUGUGCUUCCGACGAUUGAAAUUCCAGUUAUAUUAUCAACCUUCAGCGAGCAGUGACAACGAACUCCAUCCCCCCACCACACCACACCCAUGUUUCAUUUGAUGUGCUUUAAGCCAUGUUUCAGCUUGUCUCGACCCAGCAUGUAUUUUUUGUUUCAGUUGUUGAGCUCUGCACUACAAAACUGAGAAAGACCCAUAACUUUUUACAGGUCAGCCAUGUUUACUAAAAUAUAUAAUUUCUAAAACAU